ACAAAGUCCGUGGUAGAGCGUCCGUCUCUCUCGGCAUUCCGAUUCCAGUCGCUCGUGUCCGUCGGUCGCCCCCGCCCCGCGGCUCCCAGCAGCCCCCUCGCCGCGCCCGCGCGUCCAGUAUGCUCGAAUGCUGGAUCUGACCGAAGAUCGAGCGGUUGUUUAUAGUCGGAUCGCCGAGGACGACGAAGGAGGUGGCGGCGGCGGCGCCGGUCACGGGGACGACGGCCACCGGUGGAUCGGAGGAGGCGACAACCCAGUGACCGUUCGAGUCGAGGAGGCCGCGGCCGCCUGCCGUGGGCUCGGUGGCGCGCACGGAGCCACAACCGUCCGAAGGGUGGCGGGAGGGUGGGAGAGUAUCGAACGAAAGGAGAGGCGGGACGUCUCAGAGGCUCGAGGGCCGAUCCGAGCGACCCCCGGGGUCCGAGUAACCGACCGAACGACCACGGCCGAGAGCUCGGCGAAAACUGACCGAACGACCGCCCGAACGCUGAGCUCGAGCCGCGAGACAGCUGCGGGCAGCUGCUGAGAGACGAGCGCGACGGCGACGGUCGCGACCACCGGAGAUGUUUACCGGAACGGUCAAUGUUAAGAUAUGCGAGGCCGAGGGCCUUAGGGCCACCGACAAGCAGCGCAAGUUCUGGCAGGACGAGCCACCCAUCCUGGACCCGUACGUACUUCUUGAUGUCGAUGAGAACCACUUGGCGCGCUCCUCCACCAAACCUAAGACCUUCAACCCGGUCUGGAACGAGUCCUUCACCUACGAAGUGCAGGAUGCCGUCAUGCUGGGCCUCACCGUCUUCCACGACGCAGCUCUGCCGCCAGACGACUUCGUUGCUAACUGUAGCAUCCCCUUCGAGGAGCUCAUGCACCGGGAUGAGCAGACUACCGACUUCUGGGUCGACCUGGAACCUCAAGGACGGCUGCGGAUAAGGAUAGAUUUAAUAUGGAACGAUCGAGAUCGACCCUCGAGUUCCGGGAGCGGAGAUGGAGAAGGAUUUGGGGGCAACGUCGGAGUCGGAGUCGGCGUCGUCUCGGGUGGCAGGGAACCAAAGCGAGAGUUCAAGGAGCGGCAAGGUUUCAACCGCCGAAGAGGGGCAAUGCGGCGAAGGGUCCACCAAGUAAACGGCCACAAGUUUAUGGCGACCUUCUUGAGGCAGCCAACUUUUUGUUCCCACUGCCGCGAGUUUAUAUGGGGCUUGGGCAAGCAGGGCUAUCAGUGUCAAGUGUGCACCUGCGUCGUCCACAAGAGAUGCCACGAGUCGGUGGUGACCAAGUGCCCCGGGAUGAGAGACGAGGGGAAAGGAAUCGUGUUACAGUCCAGUCAAGGCACCCAGGGUCAACGGUUCAACGUGAACAUCCCCCAUCGGUUCGUUGUGCAUAAUUAUAAGCUCUUCACGUUCUGCGACCACUGCGGCUCGCUGCUCUAUGGGUUGAUCAAGCAGGGCCUCCAGUGUGUAGCCUGUAACAUGAACGUCCACAAGAGAUGCCAGAAGAACGUGGCGAACAACUGCGGCAUCAACACGAAGGUGAUGGCGGAGAUUCUGAACAAAAUGGGCAUCUCGCCGGAUAAGCAGACGAAGCUUCCGCGGAUCAACUACAAGAGCUCUCAGGUCGGCGGGGGUGGCGGAGGUGGAGGUACCGCGACGGGCUCGAACAACCAGCAGUCGGCAAGCCCGGGUGCUCCGGAUGCACCUGGUACCCCAGGUGCCCCGGCUAUGGGGAAUGCCGCAGCAGACGGAGCUUUGGAGCGGAAGACCCCGGAGGCUGUCGAGGCCGACACGAGGAAGGUCAGCCUGGACGACUUCAACUUCAUCAAGGUCCUCGGCAAGGGCAGCUUCGGCAAGGUUAUGCUGGCCGAGCGUAAGGGCAACCCCAACGAGGUGUAUGCCGUCAAGGUCCUCAAGAAGGACGUCAUCAUCCAGGACGACGACGUCGAUUGCACGAUGACGGAAAAACGGAUCCUCGCCCUGGCUGCGAAGCAUCCCUUCCUCACGGCCAUCCACAGUUGCUUUCAGACAGAGGAGAGGCUUUUCUUCGUCAUGGAAUACGUCAACGGAGGCGACCUGAUGUUCCAAAUUCAGAGGGCCCGGAAAUUCGACGAGGCAAGGGCGAGGUUCUACGCGGCGGAGGUGACCCUAGCCCUGCAGUUCCUCCACGAGCACGGAGUGAUCUACCGCGACCUCAAGCUGGACAACAUCCUCCUCGAUCAGGAGGGCCACUGCAAGCUGGCGGACUUCGGCAUGUGCAAGGAGGGCAUCGAGGGCUCUACCACAACCACGACAUUCUGCGGCACGCCCGAUUACAUCGCCCCGGAGAUCCUCCAGGAAUUGGAGUACGGAGCCAGCGUCGACUGGUGGGCACUCGGGGUCCUGAUGUACGAGAUGAUGGCCGGACAGCCACCCUUCGAGGCCGAUAACGAAGAAGACCUCUUCGAGUCGAUCCUCCACGACGAUGUGCUCUAUCCGGUCUGGCUGACCCACGAGGCCGUGUCCAUCCUGAAGGGAUUCAUGACGAAGAACCCCGCGAAACGACUGGGCUGUGUCGCGGACAACGGCGGAGAGAGCGCCAUUAAGGUCCAUCCCUUCUUCCAGUACAUGGAUUGGGAGGCCCUCGAGUCGCGGAGAGUCAAGCCGCCCUUCAAGCCGAAAAUCAAAAACAAAAAGGACGCCUUGAACUUCGACGCCGAGUUCACGAAGGAGGACCCCGUCCUGACGCCGAUCAACGCCGAGAUCGUGCGGUGCAUCAAUCAGCAGGAGUUCCGCGGCUUCUCCUUCGUCAAUCUCGACUUCAAUCCCAGCAGACUCGCCGGCCAGUAGAGGCAAGACGCACACUACCUGGACACGGGGAAGGGUCGACCGGGGAGGUCUCUCGACUCCCUCGGAUUCACCUAUCGUACAAAAGCGCGAUUUUAAAAACGCCGGACCUUACCCCCGCGGACCGAUACCGGGCCACCCUGAGUUUAUACGGAAUUUAUACGGAUUUUAAGAACCCGCGAAGACUCAUAGAAGAGAGAAAAUCGAGGAGAGAAAGAGAGAGGGGAAAACAAAGGCCGCCGCGCGCGUCGCGCCCUCUCGGUUCGCGGCGCGGAAACAAACCGUAAGCGCGAUGGCGACGCUCCGAGACACCACGCGUCGUAACGCCAGGUAUUAUCAUCCUUUGUUUCUCGUCCCGACUCCGGCUUAACGGUGUUCCGGUUUCGUCUACGUAGCCACCGACGUCGUUCUCUAGACGCGGCCGCGUAACCCGACUCGUGAAGUCCCUUCUUCAUGGAGAUGCGUUGCAACAGUAUUCUUAUUUUUUUCUUUAUCUCGUUUUCUUUAGUCACAUCCACACACGACGGGGGGUGGGGGCUUCUUUCUUUCCCGGAGAUCUCGAGGGUGCACGAGCGACCGGAUGAGGCGCGGUCGAGGGUUUUGGUGUCGUCGUUUAGCGUCGACGGGACCCCCCGGUGUAACGAUCUCCGUGACUCUAGUCAAAGGGCAUCUUUGCCUUAAGGUGCUCACGUGGCAUCGCCGACUCGAUUUUUCUCGUUUCUUCGCGGCGACCUCGAUUCGCUGACACGAGUACUCCGUAUCGAUUGCUCGAGAGUUUUUCGGUUAAACGUUGUAUGCGCUGCGACCAGCUUUCCUCCGUUGCCGUAUCGUUGUCCGACGUUAAACGACGUUACACGGCGUUACGCUAUACUUGGCGCUGCACAACGUUAGAUGGGGAUGCACAACGUUUGGUGGCGCUGCACAACGUUAGAUGACGCUGCACGACGUCACACGGCGAAGAUACAUAUCGAUGGAGAGGCGGGUCGACAGGGCUCGCCCGCCGUCCCGGACGCUGGAACUGCCAAAACGAGUCCAAAACCUUCGUCGGCUUCGUCGCGCUUCUGCAAACGGCCAAUAAGUACCUCAAGGCGUGCCUCGCUGCGCAGCAGGGCGUGCGCAAGGGCACGUGGACGCGAACGGCGUCUCGCUCGCGUCCAGAGAAACGUCCGAGGAAGCUAACAGGGAGCGAGUUAUUCGUCUACUACUUAAUGAAUCGCGCUUAGACUCUAAGGCUAAAGUUAAGGGCAGGUAGUUGAUAGUCGUCUUCGAUGAUCCGAGCGGUCCGUUGAGCGGAUUCGCGCCUCGGAGUAGGAGAGAGCGGGAGAGGCGAUGAGAAGGGGCGAACGGUCCGAGUGGGACGCUGCUCGAUCCGCCGUUAGAUCAGGAAACUCGGUAGAGUUCCGCGCCAAAUACAUUAAGAGGCAUGCGCGAACGGCACCGAAUACUUAACGCCAAAGAUCGGCAUUACGGCUACGGUAGAAAUUAGUUUCUAAUUUUUUUUUCUUUUUCUUUUUUUUGUACGUGCUUCGAUAUGCUCUUUAACAUUUGCCUUCGUCUGGAAGAGGUAGACAAUUUUGUACUUGCAGCACGCGUGAAACGAAAUGUGCUCUGACAAGAAAAAUUCAACUGAGAUUUCAAUGGCGUGGAUGUUACGGCUUAUGUUCGGCAGAAAUACUUGAUUUAAGCUUCUCAUUUGAAGUAUGUGAUUAGCGCUAUUUUUCCUCUAUUAAUUGCCGAAAGAUAAUUGCGUUUGGCUAAGGUUUUGUACACCGAAGGUGGUUUGAAGGGAUUCUGGCUACGCUACAACCGACCAAACCACUCUGGACUAGAUCAGAGUAAAAUGUACUGUUUUUUAUAAACGUGGAUACACCUUUGUCCGUAUAUUAUGCGGAAUGUAACCUGAUAUGGAUAAGGUGUAUCCAUCGCUGUAAGAAGUAAGUUUUACGAGGAUCUGGGUCUGGUCUGAUUGACUAGCGUAAUCAUAAUUUUGUGACCGUUGGACGACCGCAAUUAUUGUCGUGGUUGUGAUGAUUGAUGUGCGGCGUGCUAUCUUUGCAGCCUCCAAAGUUCUAUGUCGUGUGCCAUCUCUUCGGUGGCUUUUUUAAGGGAGUAGCCACGUCCAAGCGGUGCAGAAUAGUUGAUCACUCGACGUUACUGCUAUCCGUGCGUUUCGACUGACGCUCCAUGUCGACUCUUCGAACAGUCCUAAAAUCGGAAUGGGAAAAAAAAUAAUCGCUCCAUCGCUCAAGAUUUCGGACAACCUUUACUCACGGCACAAAGUGAAUCGAUUCCAUUAGGGGAUUUCGAAGUGGCACCCGAGGGGUCAAUCGUUCGUCAAACUUUUCUCCGAACAGAGUGAACCGAGGAUCAUCUCGAGCUUGACAACGUGAACGUGGAGGCCAAAGAGGAAAUAACAAUACCCGUGAAAUUUCAAUUUCUUUUUUCCUUUUUUUUUGGUACAGAAUUUCUCAAAAUGUCUACAAAGAGAUUUGGAAGGACUUGAAAUUUCAUGGGUGUCAGGACCUUCCUUGUGGCCUCUAUAUUCACAUUGUACAGUUUGAAACGAAUCGGUUCACUUGGUUCGAGGAAAAGCUUCACGAACGAGACAUCUUCGGCGCCAAUUUCGCCAACACCUUGAUGCCAAGAGCGCACAAGCCACGUCGGGCUGAGCACACUAUUUGCCGGCGAAUUGAAAGAUAAAUCCCGGCCACGGGUAUCGCAAAACCGAUUAAUAGGCUUCCGGUAGAUAAUGCGUCGAGUGCAACCGUAGAGUGCGACAGCUAAUGUAAAGAGAUGUUAAAUCUAAUAUUAUUGUAUUUUGAGAUUUGAGUUAGCAUGCGAGUUACUCCGAGAUUUACAAUUCAAGUUGACUCUGCCUACUAUUCGAGUACUAUUAACUCUCGGCACGAGUUCUAGCGUCGUGUAAGUGAAUUUAGUCCGAGGUCCGAUGCGGAGCGCCCGUAGGGAAUCGCUCACGGAUCGCGUCACGUGACGUCGCUCCAUCCUCGUCGCUCGUUCAUCUCCUCGGCACGCGCGAGCCGCUCGCCGUCUCGCUCGCUCGCUCGCGCGCGCGCGUAUCGGCUGGACCGAGACUAGUCAUAAAUAUUAAGAAAUCUUCCUUCCCGAGGGGUAGCGCGCCACGCGAACGCCGGAUCCAGGGAGAGGGAGAGGGGCAAAGAGGAAUCGCUCAGACCGGCCUACUCCGUCAGCCAGCAGCAAGGAGGAAGUAAAGAAAAGCGAUUCGAUCCGAGCCGAGUCCUCGAGGAAAGGAGGCGGGCGCCAUCUUUGUUUUCCACGAACGCUCCGAGGCGACCAGACCAGCUAAAGACUGAUUCAGACACGUCCAUACCGUCGUAUCCCCGACUCCAUAUAUCCACAUACAGAUACAUAUAACGCCUCCUUAGAUUUAUAUCGCGCUAUUCAUCGAUAGCGAGAGGGAAAUGUUUGAAUCCUUUAUUAACACCUCACGACGAGGUAGGGCCGAUCACGCCCACGUAUCGGUUAAGACCCUUGCCGAUCCGACAAGUAUUGUAACGUGCGUUUUAAGCUGGUACGAAAGGGUCACUCUAUACAUAACGAAGCGUCGAAACAUAAAGCCAUUGUCACGCGUUCAAGUUCCAAUUGAUUCGAUGCACCUGGUUUGGAGGAAAGUUUAUAUAAGUAUUAUCACGUCUUGAUAUGUAGAGAAUGGCCCUUUCGUAUCGCCUUAAUGGCUCCGCUCACGCUAUAAGAUCUGCGCAUGGUAUAAAGGUGUGAUCGAUUUCCCGGUGUAAAUCUAAGCAGACAUUUCCCCCGGGUGCCCGGAUACGUCUCGGACACGGUGUGGAUACGUUUGAAACGGCCUUAAUCCGCUGCCGUCCCGUUCGCAUCGACCCGAGAAUUUAUCGGACAAGUUCCGAGUGCUACUGGUCAGGUCGAACUCGUGAGCGCCGUUCUUUCGCGCUCCUUCGGCCGCAACGAUUUCGCGUAUCGGUUGCGACUUUCGCGCCGUUCUUAGAAUCGGCCGCGGUUCCCCGGGGACCCGCGCUCGGCGGGGCUGGAGGGGGGGGGGGGGCGUAAAGUCCGUCGCAUUCGGGUGCGUAUUUCGUCGUGUAUUCUCGCUAAUGUACCUACGCUUCGAGGCGGCCAUACUUAAUUGUAACCGUUAGGCAGUUAUAACGUUCGAGUAUAGUCGUGUUGUCCGCCGUUAAAGAGAGAAAGAGAGAAAGAGAAAGAGAAAGAGAUAGACGAAAAGCAGAAAGAGGUAAAAAAAAAGAGAAUCUCCAGUGUAAACGCUUUCGAUGUUUCGACGGCGACGCGCCGCCGCCCCCUGGGCGCGUCGUCGUCCCUCGUAUGUCCUAGGAAAAUCGCGCGCUUUCGGGCGACCCCGCGGAAUAUGUGCGCGCGCGGUAUGUAAGUACCAUAGCGAUAAAUAUAUAUAUAUAAACAAUAUAUAUAUAUAUACAUGCAUAGAUAGAUAGUUAGGCGAAUUCCUAUCUAGCCUACCUACCCGAAGUAAUUACACCGCGGACGCGAAACGCGCGCCUCCUUGGCAGCGCGUGCGCGCGCUCCAUCCGUCUCCCUCCCUCCCACUGAACUCCCCCUCUGUCCGUCUCUUUCUGGCGCCGGAAGCUUUCGGGAGUCGCCGCCGGCGGCGCUGGGAUCGCCGGCGCCAAUCCCCCCAGGGAGGCCGCGUUCGCAAGGACAAGGACAACCGUCGACCGGAGCGAACACUGUUACUUGUCUGAUCAUUGUGUAAAGAAUCGUCAAAAAUAAAAAUAAAAGUAUAUAUAUAUAUAUAUAUAUAUAAAUAGAAAUAUAUAUAUAUAUAUUAGCGCUCAACAUGCGAAAGGUCGGAUGCGAGCCGAUGUGCGAACUCGAAAGAGAGAGAGGGAGGACCCUCCGAGGGAUGUCGUUGCAAUAUAAUAUCUUUUUAUUACGUUCUUAUACAGAAGUCCGGUAUAAUUAGUGUAUCAUAUAUAUGUAUAAUCCGUAUGUAUACAUAUAUGUAUAGAA